GAGAUUCUUUUGUCUUCUUCUUCUUCCUCUUCUCCACUCACUCCAAAGAUGAUGAAAGAUGUAUUCAGACCGACCAAAUCUGCUCCGAGUUCUCCUGCAAAGCCACUAGGCAUCUCACGCACUCGGUCUGAAUCAUUUCAUGCUAUCCACAAAGUUCCUAUCGGAGACAGUCCUUAUGUCAGGGCCAAAAAUGUUCAGUUGGUGGAGAAGGAUCCAGAGAGAGCUAUUCCUCUGUUCUGGUCUGCCAUUAAUGCCGGAGAUAGAGUGGACAGUGCUCUGAAAGACAUGGCCAUCGUGAUGAAGCAGCAAGAUCGCGCUGAAGAAGCCAUCGAGGCCAUUAAGUCUCUCAGAGUCAGGUGUUCAGAUCAAGCCCAGGAAUCACUUGACAAUAUCCUCCUAGAUUUAUACAAGAGAUGUGGGAGAUUAGAUGAUCAGAUUGGACUUUUGAAACACAAACUCUUCUUGAUACAAAAAGGUCUCGCCUUUAACGGUAAACGAACCAAAACCGCUAGAUCUCAGGGAAAGAAAUUUCAAGUCUCUGUGGAGCAAGAAGCCACUCGGUUACUGGGAAACUUAGGAUGGGCUCUGAUGCAAAGAGACAAUUUCGUUGAAGCUGAAGAUGCAUACAGGAGAGCUCUAUCAAUAGCACCAGACAACAACAAGAUGUGUAAUCUCGGAAUCUGCCUUAUGAAGCAAGGCAGGAUCGAUGAGGCCAAAGAGACAUUACGGCGUGUGAAACCAGCGGUCGUGGAUGGUCCUAGAGGAGUGGAUUCACAUCUGAAAGCUUACGAGAGAGCGCAACAGAUGCUCAAUGAUCUUGGAUCCGAGAUGAUGAGAAGAGGAGGGGAUGAUAAAGUUGAGCAGAGGAGGCUUUUCGACGCAAUGUUCGGGUCUUCUUCUAUAUGGCAGCCUCAGCCUUGUAGAGAACAGAGCAUGAAGCCCAUAUCGAAGCCGGAUUUGAGCAACGAUGGAUACGCAGACGAGAACGUGAAGAGGAGUGUGAAUCAAGUAGUAGUGAACCCUUUAAGAGUGGAUGCAAAGCCCUUCUUCUCUUCAAAGUUGAUCAGCAAUAACGAGAAGCUGAAGAGAACGAGAUCGUCGAGCCAAACGAUGGGAGUGUUGAGUUGUGAUGAGGGAGAGACAAACACGAAAAGAAGAUUGUCAAUGGAGAAGAAAGCAACAGACUGUGGAUUACCAGACAACAAGGAGUUUGAAGAAGCGAUGAUUAUGGCUGUUUUGGGGACAGAAACGAAAGUGGACAAGAAGAGGAGGCUCAAGGUCUUUCAGGAUAUCACUUUGCCCUCCCUUAGCCCAAGAGCCUGAGUUAUUAUCUAUCAGUUCAGGAUCUCUAACCAAUCUAUUUUUAUCAUUCUAAUUUAUGAGUUCUCUAAGUAAAGUUAUUGAUGAUGCAAAAAAGGAGAUGAGCUCUUGUUCUCCUUGGUAAUUUAUUAUCAAUGUUUUUGUCAGCUUAAAGUUUGCUACAUUUUUAUUUAUUGUUCACAAUUAUUGUCAUUGACCAAUAAUAAAAG